ACCCACCCCAGAGCCAAGCGGCGGUGCCGGAUCUGGGCAGUGCAGGGCCAAACGAGUCCCGAACACGUGGGGCCGCAGCGCCGGAACCGGAAGACGCAGGGAGCUAUCCCUUGCGACAGAGAUUAAAAAGAAAAAGAAAAAACAUUUCAGUAAUUACCAAUGAACACACUGACUUUGCCUGAUAACAUACUCAACAGUUGACACCCACAGCCCCCCACCUCUCUAAUGAAAGGAGGUGCAUUUUUCAUCUCUGCUUCAGAAACAAGUUUGACCCACUGACGACUGGUAUGAUCUGUAAGAUGUUAAGAUGAUGAUGUGGGAUGUCCUGUCUGACUGAAAUUCAGGUCUGGAAGCCUAAUGUGGAUGUAACGAUUAAGACAGCUCAUCAAUCACGUAAUGUUCAAUCAGCCAGUCAAAGGACAUUUUGAUCUUCUUCAAGAACAAAGGACAACUACCACUGUAUUAAGUUCUGGACACCAUAUUGAUGAGGCAGAGAGCAUACAGAAAAUGGUGCCCAAUAUGGUUCCUUAAUAGAAAAUGAGAAGAGGAAAUCAGUCUGAAGUGACUAUGUUCAUUCUUGCAGGACUAACAGAUGAGCCAGAGCUUCAGCUACUCCUCUUCUUCAUAUUCCUGGGCAUCUAUUCCAUCACUAUGAUGGGGAACCUGGGCAUGAUCACACUGAUUAGAUUUAGUUCUCAUCUCCAUACCCCCAUGUACUAUUUCCUCAGCAGUUUGUCUGUUUUAGAUGUUUGUUAUUCCACUGUCAUUACCCCCCAAAUGCUAGUGGGAUUUUUAUUCAAAGAUAAAACUAUCUCCUAUCCUAGGUGCAUGACUCAACUCUUUUUCUUCUGCAUUUUUGCUAUUUCUGAGUGCUACAUGUUGGCUGCCAUGGCUUAUGAUCGCUACGUUGCCAUCUGUAGCCCCCUACUGUACAACAUCCUCAUGUCCCCUCAAGUCUGCUCCUUGUUGGUGAUUUCUGUGUUCUCUGUGGGCUUCACUGAUGCAGUGAUCCACACAGGUUGUUUACUGAGGUUGCCAUUCUGUGGGUCAAAUGUAAUCAGUCAUUACUUCUGUGACAUUGUGCCCCUCAUCAAACUCUCCUGCUCCAGCACUUACCUAGAUGAGCUCUUGAUUUUUAUUAUUGGUGGAUUCAACAUGAUAGCGACGAGCUUGACAAUCAUAAUUUCUUAUGCUUUCAUCCUCUCCAGCAUCCUCCGCAUCAACUCCAAAGAGGGCAGGUCAAAAGCCUUUAGUACCUGUAGUUCCCAUCUCAUGGCAGUCACUGUGUUUUAUGGGUCCCUCAUGUCCAUGUAUUUCAAACCUGCUUCCAGUAUCAACCUGGCUCAGGAAAAAGUGUCUUCUGUGUUUUAUACCACAGUGAUUCCCAUGCUCAACCCUUUGAUCUACAGCCUGAGAAAUAAGAAUGUGAAGACCGCAUUGAAGAAACUCACAGAAAGGAAAAUAUUCUCAUAAUUGCUAUAUAUUUUACAACUAUAUUUCUUGCCAAUAAAGUAAA